CCUACUCCCCUCCCAACAAACACACACACCCACCCACACACCCACACAUACAUUUGGAGACACACCUCCACCCAAGUGCACAUCACGCCCUUCCGGACGCGGCCCUUUCCACUGCCAUUUUCGGAGCCAUGAUGCUGGCUGAGAAUUGCCGAAACCGGAUGGAUGACUUCCAGUCUGCGUUGAUUUCUCAAGCGACCCGGGCCGCGGGAUCCUCAGCGAAGGCGCCCACCCGUGCUGGGCCCUGGCCCGGACUGCCAUCGGCCAAACGCCCCCCCCUGGAAUCCUUCCUGUCCAUGUUCCACACGGCCACGGAGAAAAUCGCCUCCGACAUCCGGGAAGUGGGGGCACUGGUUCGCGACUUGGAAGCCCGUGGGCCUCUUCCCGGGGGCCAGGGCCCCGGCAAAGAUGUCGAAGUGCUUCAGCUCCAGGAGGAGCGCGCAGGGUCGCGCGUGCGCCAACGUCUGGGCGCCAUCCUGGUGGAUGUUAAUCAGCUGCAAACUGCCCUCCAGCGCCAGGCAGCCCAAACCCAGGGCCCGGCCGAUGCCCCGGACUAUGACCCGCAGUGCAGCCAUCUGUUUGCGCACCUGCUCGGUGUUCUUUCCUGCCUGAUGACACUCCUGGAUCGGACCGAAACCCAGGCGUCUCGUGCCAUCCAGGCCCGUGCCCGGCGAGCCAUGGAGACCCUCCAGCUGAAGGAUUUUGACUCGGCCGACAUGCUGAGUCGCCACACCCUGACCGGGGUCACCGAUGCGGGGGGGUCGACCCUUUCGCGGGGGUUGUCCUCCGGCACAACCACCGCUCGGCACCAUCGGCCGGGUGUCUCCUCCCCAUCCCUCGACUCGCCCGACUCGCCCACCGUGCCUGACCACCGCCGCAAUGAAGAGCUGGCCUCGGCACUGCUGCAAUCGGACAGUCUCUUUGCCGAGAUGGUGGGCAUUCAGCCGGACAUCCAUCGCCUGCAGACGCUCAUCCAGCAUAUCUCCUCCCAGGAGAGCAUCAUCGCCAAUCAUGUGAAAGAGCAGGCCGCCCAGAUUGAACGCCUCUAUUCGGAGGCCAUCGAAACCACCGAACUCAUCCGGUCUGGCAACCGACAUAUGAAGUCCGCCAUCAAGCACACGAGCAGCUCCCGGAAGAUGUGGCUUUUCAUCAUGGUCGGCCUGACGCUGACCCUGCUCUUCUUGGAUUGGCUCAAGGGGUAACCCCAUGAUUCCCCCUCGAUCGCUAUUUCCCCCGGCACCCGCAUGGGAGAACCCGGGGAAGGGACCGACGUGGGGUACAGGGUGGAGGGGGCUGUUGGGAGAGGGCCUGCGCGGGGCAUCUCCCACCGCCCUCCCCAGCAAUACACCCCACCGGUGCUUCUUCUUCGACCAUUCGGGAGGAAGAGAUGCUGGGUUUCGA